AUGCAAACUUUUAUAUCACAACGAACUUGCUUCGGUUGUUCAAUUUUCUUAUUCCUCCUGGGAUCAAUAUUUUUAUAUGUACAUAUCUCCCGUUCUCAAAAUAUCCCGAACUUUUUGCGUAAACUCCCAUAUAAUGUGACAGAUUUGGGAAAUUUUGUUGUUUCGGAACAACAAGAGUGCCCAAAAGAAAAUCCUCACGCUACUUUUGGCCACUUGGGCGAACUAGUGGCUUCGGUACCAGAUGUAAUAUCCUUUAAGGACGGUGAAACUCAUUUCAAUCGUGCCCUUCUUCUGAAUGCUGGGUUUAUCGAGUCGAAACGGGUUACAAAUUUUGACUGCUUCAUAUUUCAUGAUGUGGAUUUAUUGCCUGAAGACGAUCGAAAUUCAUAUCGUUGUGCCAACCAACCGAGACACCUAUCUGUUGCUGUGGACAAGUUUAACUACCGUCUUCCUUAUCUUACGAUUUUUGGCGGAGCUGUGGCGUUCACCAAGAAACAGUUUGAAAAGGUUGGUGGAUUUUCAAAUAUGUAUUUUGGAUGGGGUGGAGAAGAUGACGAUUUAUACGCUAGAGUAGUCUAUCAUAAUUACAGCGUUAUGCGUUACCCUGAAGAAAUCGCUCGUUACAGAAUGAUUAGUCAUAAUAAAGACCCAAGUAAUCCGGUCAAUCCUAAACGUAACGAACUUCUGAAGGAUGCAUCAAGUCGCUUUAAAACAGAUGAUUCAGCACAUUCCGAUUAUUUGUGUUGUCACAGAAUACUCCGUAUACGAAGAUCACAUCGUUCACCGAAUUCCCCAUGA